ACGACAACGGACAUUCCUACCAACGACUGGGUUUGUGAGAAGGAAUGAAAGUCAGUCUAUGGGUGACCGUGGCGAUUGGAGCCUUUGUUGGGCUUGUCGCUGCUGAGGGAUCAGCUUCGGAUUAUUAUGUACGGUCGUUACCCGGUUUGCCGGAGGGCAGCGAUGUGAAAAUGCAUGCAGGUAACAUUAUCGUCGACGAAGCCCACAACGGUGCCCUCUUCUUCUGGCAUUUCGCGAAUAAGCAUAUCGCCGACAAACAACGCACAGUCAUCUGGCUCAAUGGUGGGCCGGGGUGCUCCUCCAUGGACGGCGCACUCAUGGAAGUUGGUCCGUUUAGGUUGAAGGAUGAGAACACGUUGGUGGAGAAUGAGGGUAGUUGGCAUGAGUAUGCGAAUUUGUUGUUCGUGGAUCAGCCUGUUGGGGUUGGAUUUAGUUAUGUUGAUACGGACAGUUUCUUGCAUGAGUUGCCUGAGAUGUCGGCGCAGUUUCUUACGUUCAUGGAUAAGUUCUUUGCUAUGUUUCCGGAGUACGAGGAUGAUGAUAUUUAUAUUGCUGGUGAAUCGUAUGCCGGGCAAUACAUCCCUUACAUCGCCAAAGCAGUGCAGGACAGGAACACGAACAACAAAGACGCGAAGCACUACAACAUCGCGGGCCUCCUCAUCGGCAAUGGCUGGAUGGACCCAGCGACGCAAUACGACGCUUAUCUCCCCUUCGCAUACCAGAACGGCAUCCUGGAUCAGCUUUCAGACGAUGCCAAAGAUGUGGAGAACCAGUUGGCGGCCUGUAAGGCGGACCUUGCGAAGGAGAUGCACAUCGGAAACACGAAGUGUGAGGCAGUUCUUGAUGCAGUACUGAAAGCCAACCGAAGAAUGCUGGAUAAGACGGAUUGUUUGAACAUGUACGACGUCCGACUCCGUGAUUCCUGGCCCGCCUGCGGGAUGAAUUGGCCGCAGUCGUUAGUGUAUACGCAGCCAUACCUCAGGAAACCUGAGGUGAUCAAGGCGUUGAACAUCAAUGCGGAUAAGAGAACUGGGUGGGUUGAGUGUACGGGUGCUGUCACUUCGACAUUCAAGGCGCAAAACUCUAGGCCGUCUAGGGAGUUCUUGCCGGAGUUGCUGAAGGAUAUGCCGGUUCUUCUCUUCGCUGGAGAUCAGGAUUUGAUCUGCAAUUAUGUUGGGAUUGAGUCGAUGAUCAACUCGAUGGAGUGGAAUGGGUUUACCGGGUUUGCUGGAGAGGACGGAAAUUGGGCUACGAGGGAGCCAUGGGAGUUUGCGGGUGAAUCUGCUGGGUUGUACCAGUCAGCACGAAACCUGACGUAUGUUCGCUUUUACAACUCGAGUCAUAUGGUGCCGUAUGAUUACCCGGAGAGGACGAGGGACAUGCUCGACAGGUUCAUGAAGAUCGACAUCUCUACUAUCGGAGGUAAGGCGAGUGACAGCAAGAUUGGCGGAGAAACUGGACCGGCUAAGUCUGUAGAAGCGAUCAGCCAGGAUGAAGCAACCAAAGUGGCCGAUGAGGCAGAGAGGCUGAAGCAGGCGACUUGGAAGGCUUAUUACAGAGCCGGAUUCGUCGCACUUUUGGCUGUCUCCGUCGGUGCGAUUGGGCUUGGAAUCUUUGUUUGGAAACAGAGGAUGAAGGAGGCGCAGAGAGGACAUAUGAGGAGACCUAGCAGGAGUCAUAUUUUGGAAGAAGGAUAUGAUGAGAAUGAGUUGGAUGAGCUUGUUGUGCAGACUCCUGUUUUCGACACGCGGGAAGAAGGGAUGAGGGGAAGCUUGGAGGACCAAAGCGAAGAGAGACGGAAUGAUGAUGGAGAGAAUCACGAUCCAUUCGGUGAUUCUGAUGACGAGGAGGACGAUGAUCGGAAGAGAUUGGUGAAGGACUCGAGUACGGAGCGAAAGUAG